CAAAUAGCUUUGACACGUUCUUCUUUCGAAAUUCCUAAACAAUCGUCAUCGAUCAAAUACGCGUGUAGAGAUUGAUCUUUCAACAGUGCAGGGGCAAGAGGAAUGGCGAGAGAAAAGUUUGAGAGGCCCUCUUCGGCAGCAGCACGACCACGCAGCAGCGGUAUUUGCACUUGAGAAAGUUGCUAAAAUAGUUCAAUUAGACGGAAGGCUGCGGCUGGCUCGGAAGCAUUUCCCUCCCUGGAGUCGGGGGGCAUCGUGAAAGCUCUUCGACGGCUCCUUGACACCAAUAGUGGAGUGAAGAUGAAAGAGGCGCGGCGACAAGCGAAGGAAAAUGGGCUCUGCUCUCUGCUAAUACGCUUUUUCUCUGUCUGUUUGCUUGUUUUGGCCAAUACACAUUUACUGCUAUCGGACGCGUGCAUGGAUCUAGUUGUGCUAUGAACGAAAACUCAAUUAUCCCAAUUAAUGAGCAUCCGAAAACCCACCCAAUCUCGUUGCUUCUCUCCCACCCACGCACCUGCGCGCUUUAUUUAUAAACAAGAAGUGGAGCGCCGGAGCCCUCGCGGCGGAUGAUUAAUGCGGCGACGCGCUGGUUCUCGCGCGCGGGUGCUUUAAACUUGAAAAAUGCACGGCUGCAGAAGUGCGCGAGCGUGUCUUCUCGGGGCUUUCGACUCCGGCGCUGAGGCUGCUGAUGCCAGCGGUUCGGACGACGAGGAGCGCGUCGUAGAGGGGGCAAAGAUGCGCGGAGCGGUGGUAUCGCAGUGUAGUAGUGCAGUAGCUUUUAUUCGCUAGAUUGGCCGAUUUCCCGGCUAGAGUCUGGCCGAUUCUCUUAUUAUAGACGAACGUAGAAUUUUCAUUUGGUUUCAGUUAGUUUCGAAAAAACGCUUGUAUAUUCGCUCGCGUAUUCUCGGAAAACAAUAAAACGAGAAAAGUGCAGGGAAACAAAGUUCCCGCGGCAAAGCUCAGACGUCUUGAGAGCGGAGGCGCACAAGUGGAGCACAGCUAAGCGGAAAAUGCCUAUAAAUAUUCUCACCUGAAUCUCUCUCUCUCUCUCCCUCUCUCGCUCUCUUUCGUGGAUGUCGACUUGUGAGGCUUCUUUCGCAAUUUCCGUUCCUCGCGAAGCCUCUUUAUUUUUUAACGCUUAUACGCUGUCCGUUUAUUGCCUCGAUUUCAAAACAUCUGCUUGAAGUAUUUUAGAAAAUCUGACAUGGUCAAAGUCCAUUGAGAGUUGCUGCAAUGCGCUCCGCCGAUUAUCUUCUCUCUCUCUCUCUCUCCCUCUGUCGCUCCCGUCUCUUUCAUAACUACCUGCAGCAGCAAGUCGCGAGCAACACGCGGUAUGGCCCUCAAGCCGCAUCUUUUGUCUGCCUCGCACGUUUGGCUCGGUGCUUCGCAUUUCUCGAAGUUUGCAGUCCACCGAUGGCCCGAUCGCGACUCAGAACCGGCCGAGACGCGCGGCCAGUAGCAGCAGGUGCGCACCGGCGUCCCCGACCUUGACGCGCCAAGGCCGAGCUCGCCCGGGUGCUUCGAGAAAAAAUAAUCCCCGAGUGGAUAGCCGAGCGAGGAGGUGCGUGGGUGUCUUCGAGUGUAGCAAUUAUUGGAAGAAAAUAUUAUUCCUCAAACGUCCGUCGUGUGCGGGAAUACAAGUUUGUUUUGAGAAGUGUAAUGCGCCGAUGUGCAGCAGCUGUGCCGGGAGAAGAGAAAACUGUGGUGCGCUGGCUCGCGAACUCGGUCAAGGCCGGUUCGACAGUUGUUAUUCGACUAUUUUUUAACGGUUCCUCAUUAUUUUCAGGGACAUUGACAACUUAUUUGAAUAUUAAUUUAAUUUACCAUCUAAUAUUACAGCUGCUAUUCGUUCUAUUUUAGAAGCCGCAGCGGUUAGUUUGCGUAAGCUCAAUUUCAUUAGAAAUAAUAUGAACGAGCCAUUGACACAAUUGCCGCUGCUAUUGAUGUGACCAAUCGUCGUUGUUUUCCCUUGGCCUGAGAGCUUUUGGUUUGUAGCCCACGGCCUCGCACCACGUUUCGAACCUCAAUUCUCGAUAAUUUUUGAACUUGCACGAAUUCGAAGGCUCGCGUAAUAUUGGCAAAUUUUCUGCUACAGGCGUCGGGAGAGUGAACAUUUCCAAGCGGCCGGCCGAUGCCAGGUCUCUAAAUGAAUGCCCUUGAAAUGCUCCCUCUCGUCAUCGACGUACAAUUACAAAGAGGUGUAAAUCGAACUUGCAGCGGGCGCGAAUCGUCCAGAUGAACCCGCAUCAAGCCUCGGCCCAGCAGCAGCCCGAGCUCCUCGUGACGAGCAAGCCGCCGCCGGUGCCGAGCAGCAGGAAGCGCAAGAAGAAGGCCGCCGGAGAAGCGGGAAGAGCGAUCGGCGGCUGCAGCCCAGCUUCGAGCUCGUAGUGCCCCACCACCGGGCAGCGGCGCGGCCCCGCGACCCGAACCGAAAUGGAAAGCGACGCGGGCCACGGCAGUCGUCGCACGCGCAGCGCCUCCCGCGCGUCCUCCACCUCCAGCAGCCUCGAGGUGCGCUGCGCCUGCCAGUACUACCGGAGCGACUCGCUCUUGCCGGAGCGCAGCGCCUUGGCCGCCGCCAGUACCGCUGCCUAUCAGAGCUCGCGGCCGAAUCGGCCGCUCCUGCGCAGGAUGGUGCAGACGCCGCCGGCCGGUAGGAAGAGUCAGCCGGCGCGAUGCGGCGAGCACGAGUACGAGCCGAUCGGCCAGCCGGUCAUGCGGAUGGCGAUCUCGCAGCACUCGAUGUCGGUGCGUAUGGUCGCGCCAGUGGUCAAGAUCACCGACACGGACAUGAUACCGGCGGUGGACAGCGACGACAGCAUCGACGAUCGCUACCGGUUCAAGCAACGCGCCCUCAUCCUCGAGGGCGACGUCGUCCUGCCGCUCGACGGCCGAAUCGAGGACAGCGCCAUGGAUGGGCGUAACCUCGGCGACCAGACGAUCGACACAUCGGCCGACGAGUUGGAGAGUCCGCAGCAGCCGCAGAACAGACUCGAGGAGAGCUUUCAGAUGAGCGCAACACCCGGUGCCGAGUCGAGGACCGACGCGGAGAUCAACACCAGUCAGGUGGACUCAUCGAUGAUAGAGGAGCUGCCCUUACGCCGAGGCGCUAGCGGUCUGCAGCAGCGACUGAAAACCUCCGCCGGCAAGAUCCGUUCGCGCUUCAAGAACAUCCAGAAGCCGACUUUCUCCAUGCCGCACAUGCCCCAUCGCCAGGCCAAGACCGAAAAGCCCACGACCGUCGCGGCGACGAGUACGACGACGACAGCCGAGAAACCUCCGGCUUCUCCUCGACCAGCCGACCAAAAAGCCAGUCGAAUGGAGCGUUUCCGCAUGGCAUUGCCCGAGAGGCCCAGGUUCUCCCUGCCCGACAAAUCCAAGUUCCAUUUGCCCGACCGGUCCCGGUUUCAUUUACCCGAUAGGUCCAAGUUUCAUCUGCCCGAGCGUCCCAAGUUCAACAUCGACCGAAGCAAGUUUCACAUGAAGAAGCCGAACAUUCAGCUGCCCAAGUCGCUCAGCCGUCCGAAGAGGUGCGCUUCUCAGAGGGGCUCGCUGUCGCGAGAACAGAGCCAGGCUUCGAACGCCGAUGCCUCGUCGUCCACCAGUGCCACUCGGCGCAACAUCUUCGACUUCUCCACGUACCCCCGUCCCAAGCUCUUCGAGCGCAAGUCCAAGGCGAAGGCCGAGUACGUGACCUCCUCCCCCAAGGAGUCCCGGGCCCAGUCGAGCGAGUCGUCGACUUUUCCUCGAGCCAACAGGUCGUCCUUGUCGCUCAGCGCCAGAUGGGCCCAGCGGUUCGGCGAGACGGUCAAGGGCAUCCACCACGACGACAGCGAGCCGCCAGUCGACAGGUCGAAGCCCUGGAGGCAUCCGUCCCUCGAGGAGCCUCGGCUUUCCCUGAAACCUCAGACGUCGCAGGAGGAGGAGGAGGAGGAGGAGGAGAAGCUGCCCUGGGAGAAUAGCGAGAGGAGGACCUACGACGCCGAGGACGAGGAGGAGAGCAGGGAGGCGUCGUACGGAGACAGGAGCGCAACAAAGGCACCAGAACUUUCCUUCGACAAGGAGCCAGUGAAAGACCCGCGACUGUACGACGAACAGUUGAUGACCCGCAUCGUGGCCGAGGAGCCGAAGAAGAAGGUCAGGCUCGUCGAGGAGGAUGAAGCAUCUCUGCCUGAUCCUGAGGCCGAAGACGAGCACCACACAUACCACCCGAAAGAGCUGUUCGAUGGAUCUUUUCCACCGGUAGACCCCCGUGAGUUCCGAGUGGCCAGAGAAAACUCGGUUGACUUGUCGGAGGAUGAAGGUUCAUCCAUGCGUUCGGAUCGGGAGAUCCAACAGUCGAGUGGUAGCUCCUGCGAACGGCGCAGACGAGGCGUCAUCGAAGAAAUUGAUUCGGACGAGUUCUUCCUCAGGGAGAAGGGCAUAAGUCAGGAGAACAUGCGGUUCACGCUCAUCAGCGAAAUCAGAGACGCCCUGAGGCCGCGGGUCACGGCUGAGAUCGAAGAGAUACCACCGCAGCGGCCCAAGCGCACGCGUUCGCUGCGAAAACGCCGGGACGAGUCUGUCGAGUCCUACGACGCCACACCUCCACCAGAAAAGCCAAAACGCGAGCGCAGUUCUCUGCGCCAAAGUCGAGAGUCCUUCCAUACUCAGCCGUCCCUGGAAAGAGUCAACAGUCUGUCGCGACACAGGAUUGUCUAUCAGACGGAGACAGCGCCGAUGUUGCAGACCAAGGACGAUAUGGCUAGCGAGCCUCUGGAUGAUAUAGUGGUGGUGAAACCGGCAAGGAGAAAAUCGAGGAGCUCGUUAAGAAGUACGAGUCAGAGCAGACUGCCACCAGAGGAGCAGAACAUCGUUUUGGCGCCCAUGCAGCAGUCGAUGACGAGUGAGAUUCCGACACAGGUCCCGGUACCCCCCGUGCCACGUAGGAGGAAGAGAUUGAGGCGGGAUAACACCAAUCAGUCAUCUAGUCUGAGCGUAAGAACAAGCGAUAGUGCGCUUUGCAAUGGCUUCCACGAUACCGGUUCCCUUCGUCACUCGCACGAACGCAUCCCCCCAACACCACCACCGACACCUCCACCUCCAUCUCAUCCGGAUGAACUGGAUUACAUCGAACCAGCGGCGGCUCCAGUAACCUCUCAUCCACCACCUGUUCCUCCAAAACGCACGCGGUCGCACUCGCGGACGGCGAGUCUAGCGCCGGAGGACGACCGUACGUCCCACGGAGCUGAGUCGCUGCCAGGCGACUUCGGAUAUGCCGACGAGGACGACAUACCCGUCAUUCCCCGGGACUCGUCGUCGCGCGAGCCCAGUUUGCCGGGGUACGCGGUUAUAGAAAAGAGGGAGAAACCACCCAGACCACCACCGCCCAGGAGAAAGAGGCAGGAUAAGUUUGCCACGGCACCGAGACCGUCCAAGAAUGGAGGACCCAAAAGGCCGCUGAGGGCUUAUAGUACUUUAAGGCCGGCCAAGUCUGAUACAAUCAGGAAAUCGGUCGAAUCAAUACCGUUCAUGGACGCCGAUUACUCGCUCCACGACCGAGAGCCACAGCCAGUCCACAACGACGACGACGACGACGACUUCCACAAGGAUCUGCGGAGUGGCGAGGUUCUCAGCAAAAUGCAAGGACGACCCUUACCAGCACCUCCUCGUCCUCCUCGGCACCGUCGCGUCGAUCGCCAUACUCGUCGAAGUCUACCCCGCGAAAUAACCCCAGAUUUCUCAGAAACGGUGGCUUCGACACAAACCGAUCCUCUACCUGACGACCUAGUUAUAGAGGAGGAGAUUACAAGUGCCAAGCUCGUGGUAACCCCAUCGCGACACGGCUCCAGUCAGGUAUUGAUCAGCACCGAACGCGUUCCUAGCCCCACCAACGGCAGCUACAAAAGCCUCAGCAGUGGUGAGCCAAAGACGCCGCCUAUACCGCCAUUGCCUAGCAGUGUGCAGCAGAGGGAUCCUGUCAGAACGCAAGCUAAAGACACAAAUGAAAGCGACUACAGAGUGCCGUCCUCCGGCGAACCCAGACGACUGGAUCCAUCUCAACUGGAGAUGCUGCGAUCGGCUUUAUUUUCUUCGGAGGGACCCCUUAGAAUACCAAGCUUAGAAGUGGGCGAUCUAAAGGUCGAACGGUUAACGGUCUCACAGUUGGAAGCCUACAAGGUUGCAGCUUCUGAAAUCGAUGCCAUCGUAGUAUCUGCGACGGAACUGUCGAACAGGGGUGAUACCGAGGGCGGCAUUCAUCCCUCUCUGCUGCAGGAACUCAUAGCAAUAAGGAAUCAAUUAGAAGCGGUGGCGGCAUCACAACCACAGUCGCGUCCCCAGUCUGCAAUGGAGGACGCCUGUACGGCUACCAGCAACGAGAGAAUCGAUAUGCCAUUGGAAGAAUCGAGCAGAGCUGCUGAGAGGAGACGAUCAUUCACCAGGGAGAGGUCGCCUUUGCUGGUUGUUGAACAAUCACUUUCCGGACAAGAGGCUACGAAAGAGAUGGGUCGCACCUCAUUUCCGCUGUCCGGUUCCACCACUGACUUGACGCUCGUGGCUUCCGACAGUCCUAGUGUCAGCGAAGUCACGACGACAUUCAUCAGCACUGAGGCUACUGAAGAACCAGUGAUAACGAUCACGGAAGCCCCAGUCGUUCAACCUUCCCUAGACAUCGCAACGGACGACAAACUGUCGAGCCCCCGCACGACCUCACCUGAAUCCCGCCUCACGAGAUCUUCGUCCCCAUCAAGAUCUAGGUCGUCGUCCCCGAGUCGCGGUCGUCCGGGUGUCGUGCGUCAGACGGCCUCACCGGUAAAGUCCCUACCCCCCGUGAUAUCGGUAACGCCCGAUAACAUAGUCACGCCUACGAGCACAUUACCCACGGGCGACAACGAUAACAACAUGCCACUCAGACACGUAACAUCCAGUGGAGUCCAGCCACAACGUGCUGUUAUAUCGUACCAAUCCUCUAACGAGCCCGCCACGACCCCGUCGUCGUUACCCCCGUCUCGCGAGACAUCCCAAUCCCCACCGCCCCCUGUGACGAGACUAGCGAGGGAGUCCUCUAGGUCACCCCCACCACCAUCAUCGCCCCCGCAAGCACCUACUCGAGACCCCGACGUUCAGACCCGGUUCAUAGCCUUUCCCACCUCACAGAUCCCGGCCUCGUUCUUUGCGUUGGCCGACCCGCCAUUGUCAUCGUCGGUCACUGACCAACAACAACAUCAACAGCGCCGCGACGUAGAGGUAGAACCGAGCAUUGCGGACAUGAGCGGGCAGUUGCUCAGGGCCCUCAGGCACGCCGGAACUCGAUCACUCAGGCAUUUUGUCGAUUCUGUAGUUUCUAGAUUCGCCAGUCCAGACGAAGUCGAAGAGACCGGAGUGACCUCCGCAGCUGGAGCGUUGAGCGAGGAGAAGGUACGCCGGAUUGAGCUGGCUAUGUGCGCACUGCUCAUUCUCAUUGCCGGGCUAAUCAUCAUGUGCAUCUGCACGCCAAGGACAGUCACGCACCACCACCACUGGGACUAUUUCAAUCCGCCGCAGUGACGAUGGCUGAACGCCACCGUCUCUGCAACUGCGGGCCCAAUCUGUAAGUAUGGGAGCGGGGUGGGGGCUGAUGCCGACUAACAAGAGCGGGGGUAGGAUAGACCGUACAGAGAACUGUGUUUUAACCCUUUGUGUUGCUCGUUUAGGAUAAUUUUAACCUGGGAAAUGUUACAGUUUUUGAAUUUAUCGCAGUGAAGUUUAUUGGAGUAAUAUUGCUGAUAUUUAGUAAUAACUCGUAUCGCGAUCCAUCCGUUUUAAAAAAGAUUGCCCAUUUCUGUAGCUUCACUGCGACAAAUUCGAAGAAUCCAUAAGCAUUUGACUGUCUUCGUUAAAAACUGCAAUCUGCAUAAUAUACACGUUGUUUUUUUUUUUAACUCUGAUAAAUGGAAAAAAAUCAAAUUAUAAUUUCUGUAAAGUCGUCUGACAAUCAUGGAAUGAUCAAUCGCAACCUUUUUUCCGCACGAUCAUAUCGAACAUAAAUGUAUGAAUGUUCUGAUAAAUGAGUUUUUACCCAGCAAUGUAUCACAGCUAAAUCCAUUUCACCAAAACUAAUUAGCAACGAUUCCUUCAUUGUGCUGUGUACGUCGUUUUCAUGAUAAUAAUUAGUUUUAAUCAUUAUCGAGCAUAGUCGUAACAUACAUCCUGUAAAGAGAAUGAACUAAUGUUUGAAGAAUAGAAACCGAUGAAAUUAUACAAGGAUUUGCUGCAUCUUCUAAAUCAUGUUAACGGUCGAAUGCGCAAUUCAAAGGGUUAAAAAAUGCGCUAUAAGAAGAAAUGUUUAUAUUUUCAAAAUCUUGAAGCACCAUUUUCCACUCGGGAAAGUUUUCGAUACGUUUAUCUUCGCGGCAUUAUCGUUGCACUUUAUUGUAUUGACUUUGUUUUUGUAUAUGAAAAUUAUAGAUUUCUACGCAUUAUUGUUAUCGACCUAUGACAUUAUUGUUGAAACUUGUUAAACAAAUUUUAAUAAAAACUGUGAAUGUUUUUGAAA